CUUAGGCCGACAACGACGGCGACAAUUAAGUGCAAAGGCAAAAGCAAAAGCAAAUCAAAAUCAACAGGCAGUUAAAAGCCAUUGCUGAAAGCUAACUGAACUGAACUGAACUGAACGGCCCUGGGUCAGAGCCGUCACAUUUCCAUACACACGCCGGCGUCGAGAAGAACAGUCGCCAUCACGACGUCGCCGCCGCAAGCGCCACUUUUGUUAGCCGAGCACUUGGAGGACGCCAGCGGUGCCGAUCGCGGGCGUGUCUACAAGCUGAGGAAGAAGAAGAAAUACUUGAACGCAGCGCACAUAACAUAAGGUAGCUCAGCUCCAGCAACUCCAGCUCCAACACCAACACCAAGACGAAGACGAAGUCGAAGACGAAUACGUAUACGUAUACGAAGACUACACAGCAUGCCCGUGCAGUCGCCCAUUGAGAUAAGCAAUCGUGCCAUCGAGCAUAUCGACGAUGUUGAUCCCCUCGAAUAUCAUGGGCAUUGGGAGCCCGUUGGCGUUGCCCGUGUCCAAAACACUGGCACCUCCGCCAUGGUCACCUUUAGCAAACGGAAACAACAGCCGUAUAUUAUUGGUGGAGGACUCGAUACAAAUAAAUAUGUGUUUGAGCAACUGCAUUUCCAUUGGUCCGACUCGGAUGAGUCUGGUUGUGAGCACACGCUGGAGGGCAUGAAGUAUUCCAUGGAGGCGCAUGCCGUCCACUAUAAUGCCAAGUAUAAGGACUUUGCCGAGGCCAAAAAUAAACCCGAUGGACUUGCGGUCGUGGCAUUCUUUAUACAAGCCUGCGGCGACAAGGACUGUCCCGAGUUCAAAAAGAUCACCGAAGGCAUACGCAUUGUCCAAAAGAUACACACGAGUGCGUCCCUCGAUUCGGAUUGCCUGUCUUGGAUCGGUCUGCAGGAGUUGAGCAAACAUUAUUAUACAUACAAAGGUUCGCUGACAACGGCGCCGUACUUUGAAAGUGUCACGUGGAUAAUAUACAGGACGCCCAUCUACGUGUCUCGUGGCCAGGUCAGCGUGUUUCGUAAUCUGCAAUCGUGCCCCAAAGAUGAGUCCAAGAAAAUAGUUAACAAUUACCGGGAGAUUCAGCAUCCACACAAGGAUCCGGAAAUCUUUUUCGCCCGCAACACAAAUACAAAGUCCAAAUUAUGAUGUGCUUGCUAAUUUCGAUGCAUCGUCUACCAAAAAAAAGAAAAGUGAAAAGAAAAAUCCUAAUCCUCACCAAACUCACUCACUGCUUAAAAUGUAAAAAAAAGGAAUUCAAUGCUGGGAUUCUUG